AUGCCUCGUCCCGCGUCUAAAACAGUAUUCGUCAUAGUACCCGGUGCCUCCCAAUCCCCCGCCCACUACGGCUACCUAUCGCACCUACUCCUCACCCGCGGCCACCCCGUCUACUCCGCCAUUCUCCCCAGUACAGGAAGUAACAAGAAUGUCACUACACAAGACGAUGCUGACUAUGUGCGCAACCACAUGCUUCUUCCAAUCCUGGAUACCGAACAACACGAUGUGAUCAUGAUAAUGCAUUCUUACAGCGGUGUUCCAGGAAGUGCGGCCGCUUUGGGUUUGGGCAAGGCAGAACGUGCUCAGGCUGGUAAAGGAACUUCUGUUUUGGGACAGAUCUAUAUCGCCUCCCUCUUGAUUAAAGGAGGAGACGGAGGAGAUAUUGUUGCAGCUCUCGGUGGACAACUACCACCUCACAUAGCUCCUAACAAAGCUGCUGGUAUCCUUACUUGUGAGGACCCUGCUCCACCUUUGUAUGGCGACGUGACGCCGAAAGAGUUUCAGGAUGCCAUCGUAAUGUCAACACUAUGUCCCAGCUAUGCAUCAUGGCAUAGUCCCUGUCCACGCGCCUCCUGGGAUUCCGCGGCGUUCAAGGGGAGAAUCGCUUUCGUCCGCACUCUCAGAGAUACAGGUAUCCCUCUCGAGAUUCAAGACAUGGUGAUCAAGGGAACGGGAGUGGAGUGGAUUGUCAAAGAUGUAGACACCGGACACAGUCCGAAUUUAUCAGCGCCCGAGAAGAUAUGCGAUAUCUUGGAAGAGCUUGCGAGGGGGUUUGAGGGUUUGUGA